CAGUACACAAAUCGAAGAGACCCCAUACACAUAUAUAUAGGAUCAGUACACAACGGCCCCCACCCUCUGCAGAUUCACAUCUUUUUUUAUAUAUAUAUAAUUCGAUCAUAUAAUUGUGUGUGUGUGUAUAUAUACAUAUACAUAUACAUUCCCACAUAGUCCAAGUGUAGAAACGGGCAUUCUCACUCUGACAAAGUAAGAGGGCAAGAGAAAUGGUACAGACGAAGAAGUUCAGAGGUGUCAGGCAACGCCAUUGGGGCUCUUGGGUCGCUGAGAUUCGUCAUCCUCUUUUGAAAAGGAGGGUGUGGCUGGGGACAUUCGAGACGGCGGAGGAGGCGGCGAGGGCGUACGACGAGGCCGCCGUCCUCAUGAGCGGCCGCAACGCCAAGACCAACUUCCCCCUCCCCCUCGACAACAUCUCCGGCGAGGGCAAAACCGUCAUCUCAUCUUCUAAUCCCUCCCUCUCCUCCAUUCUCAGCGCCAAACUGAGGAAGUGCUGCAAAUCUCCAUCCCCAUCGCUCACGUGCCUCAGGCUCGACAACGAGAACUCCCACAUCGGCGUGUGGCAGAAACGCGCCGGCCUCAAGUCAGAUUCCAGCUGGGUCAUGACGGUGGAGCUCGGUGUUACAUUUCGAAGAAGUUUGGUGUGGUUGAUGGGCGGCGCCCACCACGUCGGAGAAGGAGCAGAAGCGUUGGACGAAGAGGAGAAGGUUGCUUUGCAGAUGAUAGAGGAGCUCCUGAAUGGAAAUUAAACCCCUUUUUUUUAUAUUAGGUAUAUAGUCAUGUGUUGAUGGUAUGUGAUGUGGCAGUAAUUAUACCUUAAGAUCCAUUUAUUUACACAUACGUAAGCGCGUUAUGUUUUGCCUUUCAUUUCAUAUAUAUAGAAGCUUCUACAUAUGUAAUGUGUUGUAUUAGUGGACCACGAGAAUGUUUGAGUUUGUCAAGAU